AUGGCGUAUGCGGACUCACCAGAAAAUGCGAUCGCUGUUAUUAAGCAGCGAACCGCACUAAUGAACCGGUGUCUAUCUCAACACAAACUAAUGGAAUCAUUGCAGCACACUUCCAUAAUGCUGACAGAAUUGAGAAAUCCGAACUUAUCACCGAAGAAAUACUACGAACUUUACGUCAUUAUUUUCGACUCAUUGACUAAUCUAUCCACAUAUCUGAUAGAGAACCAUCCUCAAAACCAUCAUUUAGCUGAUCUUUAUGAACUGGUUCAGUAUACCGGUAACGUGGUACCCAGACUUUACUUGAUGAUCACAGUCGGGACAAGCUAUCUCACCUUCAAUGAUGCUCCCAAGAAGGAGAUCUUGAAGGAUAUGAUUGAAAUGUGUCGUGGCGUACAAAACCCAAUAAGAGGUUUGUUUUUACGUUAUUAUUUAUCCCAGAGAACUAAAGAAUUGCUGCCUGAGGACGAUCCAUCGUUUAACUCUCAAUUCAUCAUGAAUAAUUUCAUCGAGAUGAACAAGUUGUGGGUGAGAUUACAACACCAGGGGCCAUUGCGUGAGAGGGAAACAAGAACACGCGAAAGGAAAGAGCUACAAAUCUUAGUGGGAUCUCAACUAGUCCGUCUUUCGCAGAUUAUUGAUGACAAUUUCCAAAUGUAUAAGCAGGAUGUCCUCCCCACCAUCUUGGAGCAAGUCAUACAAUGUAGAGAUUUAGUAUCCCAAGAAUAUCUUUUGGACGUCAUCUGUCAGGUAUUUACAGACGAAUUCCAUUUGAAAACCUUGGAUGCUUUAUUGCAAACUACCUUGCACUUAAACCCUGAUGUCUCAAUAAACAAGAUUGUUCUCACUUUGGUUGAUCGGUUGAAUGAUUAUGUUACGAGGCAGUUGGAGGACAACCCAGACGCCACAUCCACUAAUGCAUAUUUGGAUAUGGAUGUAUUUGGUACAUUCUGGGACUACUUGACCGUAUUGAAUCAUGAAAGACCAGAUCUAUCAUUACAACAGUUCAUUCCUCUAGUUGAAAGUGUGAUUGUUCUGAGCUUGAAAUGGUACCCUAAUAAUUUUGAAAAUUUGAACAAGCUCUUUGAACUAGUUUUACAAAAAACCAAGGAUUAUGGUCAGAAAAAUAUUUCUUUAGAAUCGGAACAUUUAUUCCUGGUUUUAUUAUCUUUCCAAAAUAGUAAACUUCAAUUAACCUCACCAUCUACAGCGUCAUCAAACUCAUUAGUCACUUCGAAAAAGAAUUUUAUUUUUCAAUUAAUCUCCCAGUGCCAGGCAUACAAAAACAUCCUAGCCUUGCAGAGCAUUGGUCUACAGAAAAAAGUUGUCAAUGAAAUUAUAGACAUCUUAAUGGAUAAAGACGUGGAGGAAUUAGCCGAUAAUGAAUCUGAAUCGAAGUUGCAUCUUUCAGAGCAUCACACUUAUUUAGUUAUUGAAGACAAACUGCAAGUUCAACGCCUGCUAUCGAUCUGUGAGCCUUUAAUAAUAUCAAGAAGCGGGCCGCCCGCAAACGUUGCGUCGUCAGAUACAAAUAUAGACGAAGUGUUUUUCAAUAGACAUGAUGAAGAAGAAUCCUGGAUAUUAGAUCCAAUACAGGCAAAGUUAGCACUCUUGAUUCAUUGGAUAAUGAACACUACUUCUCGGAAACAAACAACGAAAAACAAAUUCCAAUUUAGCUUAGAAGCACAAUUGGAGAUAUUACUACUUAUUAAAUCUUCGUUCAUUAAAGGUGGCAUUAAUGUUAAAUACACUUUUCCAGCAAUAAUCACAAAUUUUUGGAAACUGAUUAGGAAAUGCCAUAUGAUACAAGAGUACCUUUUAAAGAAAAGACCCGACAACAAGACGUUGUCAUCUCAUUAUUCCAAUCUUUUAAAGCAAAUGUUUAAAUUUGUUUCGCGUUGUAUCAAUGAUAUUUUCAACUCUUGCAACAACUCAUGCACAGAUCUAAUUUUGAAAUUAAAUUUACAAUGUGCCACUCUGGCUGACCAAUUACAACUAAAUGAAAUUUCAUAUGAUUUUUUCUCUCAGGCCUUCACAAUAUUCGAAGAAUCUCUGAGUGACUCAAAGACGCAGUUACAAGCUUUAAUCUAUAUGGCCCAAUCUUUACAAAAGACAAGAUCUCUUUACAAAGAAGCUUACUAUGAUUCAUUGAUUGUUAGAUGCACACUGCAUGGGUCCAAAUUAUUAAAAAAACAGGACCAAUGUCGUGCUGUUUAUUUAUGCUCUCACCUUUGGUGGGCAACGGAAAUUUCAAAUAUUGGUGAGGAAGAAGGUAUCACAGAUAACUUCCAUAGGGAUGGUAAACGGGUGCUAGAAUGUCUACAAAGGUCUCUCCGUGUAGCAGAUUCCAUAAUGGAUAAUGAACAGAGUUGUGAGCUAAUGGUAGAAAUAUUGAAUAGAUGCCUCUACUAUUUUAUUCAUGGGGAUGAGACUGAAACGCACAUAUCUAUAAAAUACAUCAAUGGUUUGAUCGAGCUAAUCAAAACAAAUCUAAAAUCGCUAAAACUAGAAGAUAACAGUGCCUCUAUGAUAACCAACACAAUCAGCGAUUUGCACAUCACCGGAGAAAAUAAUGUGAAGUCAAACACUAAUGCAGAUGACGGCUCUGUUACCGUAGAUAAGGAUUCCAAUGUUGCCAUAGGUUCGGACGGAACAUAUAUUCAACUAAAUACACUGAACGGAUCUUCUACACUAAUACACGGAGUAGUAGCAACUGCUUCGGGUAGUAAGUUACUACACCAGCUGAAGUAUGUUCCAAUUUAUCAUUUUCAGCGCACUUGUGAGUACAUUGAAAGCCAAAGAGAAGUUGACGAUCGUUUCAAAGUCAUAUAUGUAUAG